UUUGAGUCGCAGAUGCGGUAUACCAAGUCUAUCAGCUGCACUUGCUCACGCGAAAAUGUUCUUUCAGGUCAGCUUGGUUGUUCAUCGCCGGCUUGUGUUGCUUUUCUGUAGCUGUAUCAUUUUCUUUUUCAACGAACUACGCCAUGUCCGUAUCAGCGUGAAAAAUCCUCCCUCCCCAUAUGAAAACGAAGCUUCUGAUGCUGGAUUUGCGUACACAAUUUAGAUUUGUCUUGCUGGGGAGGACUGCAGGCCCGUACUAAGCCCGAGUAGACAGGUUUUGGCCUAGGCGCUUAGCAUGGCAGACGUCUACACUGGAAGCACAACAGCACGACAAGCCGCCUGUAGAAUGCGGCGGAGCCUGUGGAGUUGCCUUCAUGCAACACAGAGACGAUUUGUGGUCACAAAUCAGCAACACAAAUUUUUGAAAACGUGCCGUGUCAAUAUGGGGAGGGGGGAUUUUUCCUUUUGAUAGUCCGAGCAGCCUUUGAUCAGGGAUUCCUCGACCGCCCGUUCGUCUACACUUUGCAGCGCACAAACGAAUAUCUCGAUGUGGAUGUUGAAGACGAGCGUGCGGACGAACAAGCCUCAAGCGGCACCGCCACGACCUGGCGCCAGACUGGCUCAGCCUUCGUCGCGCGUGUCCUACAGGAGCUUGUCGGAGCAUCCAGGGGAGGAUCUUCUCGAGGCCCCACUUGGUACGUCGGGGAACAGUACCAGUCCCCCUUUCGGCUGCACUCGAACAGCACGAAGAUACAACGAGCAGUCGAACUCGGAUCGGAAAGACAAAGAACUUCAAAAGCAGGGCUGGAAGAUGCACGAGCGCCUUCGUGCCAAAAUGAGGUGUUUGCGCUUUCCCUGGGGAACAAUCUGAUCUUCGAUCGAAGUGGCGUCGUCGAAGUUGGUGUGCUACAAAAUGAUCGUGAUGGAGGGCAGCUGCACACAGAAUCAUCGACGUUGGACCUAGACGAUGGGGUAGUGUUGCUGAGCCCAGAGGACGACGAGGAUCAGGAUGUAGGAUUCUUCCAGCCCGUUGGCAAGGCAGCUCAGUUUAGAUAUUCUCGCUGGUCGUCUUGCAGCUCAAAUGUUGGACACGGCGGGGACGACGAGAGCUCGUUUUCAACAUCCCGCGGAGACGACUAUGCUGCACGGGAUUUUCUCACGGGCCGGGCACGCCUGCGGAUUCGAUUUCCUCACUUGGUUCGAAACAUGUGGCGCCACCGAGAAACAAAGGAACGUUCGCCAAAUACACACGAAAGCGUUGUGUAUCCCUCUGCGACGCUCGACGUGCGAUUCAAAAGCAGCAAGGACGAAGCAGCUGAGAACGCGCUGGACGACCCAUCAGGAGAUGAUCGACAAAAUAACGACGUGCUCGUGCAGUCUUUGCGUUUAACCUACCUCGCCGCCAGAAGCGGAAGCCCCGGCGUGGACUCGCGGCCACAGCCUCUAUUGACGACUGUAUUACGGAGCGAUCAGGUGUCCGUUUUGUUGGAGAAGAAAAGGACGCAACACGCACAGAUAAAAUCCAUUCACCUGCACCGCGAUCUGCGCAUUGCGGAUCGAGCGCUUCUGUACGUUGGUGCGGCCGAUUACGAAGAGCUGGUCACAGAUCGGACCAACGUGUUCACGCGCUACAAAGCCGCGUGGUUCUUUGAAGCAGACCCGGUCACGUAUGCGAAGCUGCAAACGAACUUGCGAGUUGCAAACAAGAAGUACGGGGGCAGUACUGAUCUUCCUGCAGAGGACAGACCCAUGGCCGGCGACGUGUGUUUCUGCGCGAGCAGCCGCAUCGUGAACGAGCAGCAGGACGGGACGGUGGACUUUCGCGUGCAUGACUGGCAGGCCAUCGAUGUUGUGCAGGAGCGGUUUGGCUGGGACUUCCGAAUGGGGAGCCUACUGGAGACGAAGAUGCCCGAGGAAGGCACGUUCAAGGGCGACGAGGGUCACAACGGGGAAGAGGGAGAGGCGGCAGGUGGCUCUCCUGCCUUCUCUUCCUUUGACGAGCAGUAUAACGCUACGGUGCUCCAGUUGCCAACUACAACGCUAUCGACGAUAAUGCGCGGUAUUGCGUUCGGGUUUUUCACGCCUCAUCACCAGAGCGUGAGAGAGAAGGAAGCUAAGUCUUCACGACCCCUCACAAGUGCUGGGCAGGCCGGUACAGCAACAUCAGCUACAGCACCACUGCUCGCCCCGUCGUGUUGCAUCGAUCCGGUGGGGGAAGCGAAGAAAGCGGAAGCUAACAUUAGUUUCGUACAAGAGGUGGAAGCAAAAAGGUCGUCCACCGCAAAACCCUCAGUGGUGUCGGCUUCCGCAGUCGCGCCCGCAUCGCAAAGCGAAGUAGAUGUCGGAUCAUUCGACUUUCAUAGUUUGAAGCAACUGAAGAAGGACCCGUUUGCCUCGUCGCGGAUACCGCCCAGCCCCGCUGCCGACGUCGUGGGGAUUCUCCAGGAGCAGGCGUGCAGAAAAGCGGCGGAGCAUCAUGACGCAUCUGCGGUCGACAUCAGAACCAAAAGGAAGGCCAGUGCCGCGUGUAAAGUUGUUCAUGGGAGGACCACGCAGCCCAGUCAGGUUCUGGAUAGCGGAGAUGGUCGUGAAGAGCGCCGGCCGGUUCAUGGUGCCAAGAACAAGAUCCAGUUCGAUCUGAUCAUCGAUGUGCAGGGGGCGGAGCUGAGCGUGCUUGCGGGGAUAGAACAAGACGCGGACUGGGAGCGCAUUGGGUCGAUCGGUAUCGAGAUUACGACGCUCGAGUACAAGAGCUUUCCCACGUACAUCGGCGGGGCGAAAUUUCCGGACGUCGACAACCUGCUCACCAAGCGAGGCUUUGUUCUGCAGCCCACCUGGCAGAUCAACCCCGCGUGGAUUUUUGGCGCGGGAUGGAAGUACCAGGCGGCCGAGGUGGUGUCCUGCAACCGGGUGACGGACCUCGCCUUCGCGCUGGAGCGGUCGAAGCGGCACCUGUUUUCCCUGGGCCUGCCACCGCACCAGCACGGACUCGAUCACAAAGAGCCGGUUUUUUCCGGGCCUCCCGGCCUACCGGAGGCUGCGAGGACGCAGUACGAGGCGCGGGUGGACGCGAUCAACAGAAUAGUGAAGGAGGCACAAGCUGUUACUGCCCUUUUGGAAGCGGGAACAAACACACGGGAGUUCGUGCAAGUGCCCGUGUUUGGGGACGGCUUUUUGGCGGAACACCUGCAUAUUACCCCGGCUGGCGAACACGCGGCGCGUCGUCUGCCCCAGGACGAGAGCGGGGGCUCCAAGAACGAACGUUCGGAUGAUGUCGAUGCUGGUCGCGAGCAGCGAAAAGUUGCGCUAUCUCCUGAAGAUAUGAGGCUCUUUCCUCGGCUUCGCACUCUUGCGCGGAAGCUAGGGACGGUGUUGCGGUUGCUACGGACAGUAUUGCGCAUUACGGACCUUUUCGUUCGGCCCGACCUGCUGAAGCUCAUACAGAAAUGGGGGCUCGAACGAGAGUUGCUGGAAGAUCUCCCUGUAUGGGAGGACGCGGUGGAAGAGAGUGUGGCACUGUCACCGCUGGAACGCAAAAAAAAGCUGGAGCAGGAACAAGAAGAACAGAGGCGAAGCAGGGCAUCACAAAGAGAGGGGUUGGAGGAGCGGCAAGAUCGGCUCCGGCUGGACGAUGUCAGGGGCAAGAAUAGUAUAUUCGAUAAUUCAGAAUCAGAUGAGGAAGAGCAUCAGAAUCCUCAGACAGUUGCAAGGACUUUGGAAUUAGUCCAGAACCUGGCUGACGCUCGCUAUCUGUGCCAUGUUGCCUGGAUUCCCUCCCACGGAGACGCGGAGUACUCGCGCAUGCAUUUGCUGCAAGUGGGUCGCCAUUUCGUCCAAGAGAUUUGAAGGAAAAAUCGCACAU